UGCUGUCAACAUUUGUAGCGGAGAUACCAUAGACUGUAUAUGGGAGAUACCAGGGAGAAACAUCCGAGCUGUCACAACAAGCGUCGGUCUGUCUCGCUGCCCACAAUCAUGAUAUACAUCUUUAUACUUUACUCACUGAAAACCCCGCAGUAAUUGAGGUGCUGUAAUUUUAUAUUUUCGGGGACUUUCUCAGAGUUGAACAGAGCGGAGAUGUUUCUUUAAGCGGAGCUUGGUGGUCGUGAGGGCUGAAGAGAGGAUUAUCGUUUCCUGACGGAGAGUUUGACAGUCCCCCGCCUGACCGUUGGCUUGGUUGGCGUGGUGUUUAGUUCAACGGCUACAGAGCUCCAGAACAUAACGAGACAUGUCUCGUAGGAGUUCUCGCCUGGUGUCCGGCGGCUACUAUAACUCAGAUGAAGAAUCUGAUUCAAGUAGCGUGACGAACAUAUCCUACCGUGAAAACCCUGUCAAGGUCUUCAAGAAGAAGGCGGGGACUCGCAAGGCCGGCUCCCGGACAGGCAGUCGAGCCAAUAGUAAUGCUAGUUCUCCCGGCCCCGAGUCACCCACGACUGCAGACCAGUAUGAUGGCCUGGGUCCUUCUCCUUUGAGCAGACCCACCCAGCCAACCAUGAGGACUGUCCCAUACAUCGCCACCACGGCUACCCCUCGGCCACCCCUGACCACGUCAUCUAGCCGGAGUGUGACGCCUGUACGCUGCCCCUCAGUAACCUCAGAGAAGAGCCCCUACUCUGGGCUUUGCAGCUCCAGCAGGUCAGGAUUACAUCUCAGACCAGGCCACAAAGAGCUGAGUCAGAGCAGUGUGGACAGCUCCGGGUACUCAUCCUCUGAGGGUCCUCUCAGGAAACUCACCACCACCCCCACCAGUGAUCCUAGUAGAAUCAGCAGUAACGGUGGCUCUCCCACUGCUGGAUACAGAAGCAGAAUCAAUAGUGCCUUCUCUAGUCUGAUGGAAUCAGUUACGGUGAUGGCUGUUGUGUCACAGUCAAAAAUAAUGCAUCUAGCAGCUUUAGCAGCUAAUACUUCAGUCAGCAGUCGCAUGAAGAAGGCUUGUGGUCUGUUUCUCCUCCUCCUCCUCAUACUUCUAUGUAUUUGGUUCCUCCUUCCUUUGUUGACCUCUCUCUUCUCCCGCAUGGCUGUCACAAAGACCCUGUCACAAACCAAACCCAACAAUCAACCUGUUUUCCGUGCCACUCCUCCUCCUGAACCCAACACCAUACAUCCUACACACGUGGUGGAUCCAGCCAUUGUGUCUGCUGCUGUAGAGGCGAGGAUACAGCGUCUUUUGGAUCCAGCUGUUGUGUCUGCAGCUGUAGAGGCAAAGAUGCAGCGUCUUCUGGAUCCAGCCAUUGUCUCUGCUGCUGUGGAGGCAAAGAUGCAGCGUCUUUUGGAUCCAGCUGUUGUGUCUGCUGCUGUGGAGGGGAAGAUGCAGCGUCUUUUGGAUCCAGCUGUUGUUUCUGCUGCUGUAGAGGCAAAAAUGCAACGCCUUUUGGAUCCAGCUGUUGUGUCUGCAGCUGUAGAGGCAAAGAUGCAGCAUCUUUUGGAUCCAGCUGUUGUGUCUGCUGCUGUAGAGGCAAAGAUGCAACAUCUUUUGGAUCCAGCUGUUGUGUCUGCUACUGUAGAGGCAAAGAUGCAGCAUCUGUUGGAUCCAGCUGUUGUAUCUGCUGUUGUAGAAGAGCAGAUGCAUCAUCUUUUGGAGGAGCAGCAGCUGAAGCAGGAACACAUUCUUUCUCAGAUAAAGAACAGUCUACAGCUCGACAUGCAGGAUCUGAAAGCCAAACUUGAGGUCGUUGACUCGGACAGUCAGCUCCGUCUGGAGCAGGAGGUUGCAGGGCUGGGAAGGCAGAUGGAUGAUCAUCAGACAGAUAGGCUCUCUGCUACUGACAGCCUCAGCCUCAGGAUGCAGGCUUUAGAGGCCCAGAAUGCAAAGCUGUCCCAGGAGUGGUCGUCCAUCCAGAUGAUGCCUCCUCCUGCCCCCUGUCCUGAUACUAGCACCGCCCCCGUCCAAAACCACCUCACCCCAGAGCUCCAACAGGCCAUGGAGAAGUGGUUCACUGACCGCAUCAAGGGGCAGGAUGCUAUCAGGCUGGGUGACAAAGUAGGUUGCUCAGACUGCGGACGUCCCAUAGCUGACAAAAUGCCAGACUUUGCAUUGGAAACUCAAGGUGCCAGUGUGAUCAGUACAAGGUGUUCAGAGACGUAUCGUAUUCGUUCUGCAUGUGUGACGCUGUUUGGAUUCCCUCUGUGGUACCCAUCUGAGAGCCCACGCACUGUUAUUCAGGGCUACCCAGUGCUUCUUCCAGGGAAAUGUUGGGCGUUCCACGGUGUCCAGGGGACUCUUGUGAUCUCUCUGUCCCACCCCAUCACUUUAACUCAUGUGACGCUGGACCACCUGCCCCGCUACAACUCCCCCACCGGCCGCAUCGACUCCGCCCCCAAAGACUUUGAAGUCUAUGGAAUGAAAAAUGACACAGAAGAAGGAACACUGCUGGGGACCUUCACUUACGAUGAAAACGGAGAGCCUACGCAGACAUUCAGGCUGCCUAACCCCAGUGACGUGGUGUAUCGAUUUGUAGAGCUGCGUGUCCUCACUAACUGGGGUCACGUUGAAUACACGUGUCUCUAUCGAUUCCGUGUGCAUGGACAGAUCGCCUCCACAUGAGACGUGAAAGUCACCACCCGCGCCAUUCCAACAUAUCAGGAAGUACAUUUGCAAUGUAAACUAUUCAAAGGAGAAAAAAAAGUUGAAUUCAAUUUUGUGGUUUGAGCUGCGUUUAGGGUCAAAUGCUACUGAAAAGAUAUUAGUGUUGAGUGAAGUCACUCCAGUGUGUCAGCUGGUUUUGCUGUGUUUUAGACUGCUUAAUGUCAAAGUGACAGAAAUCAUGGGAGGCUUUUUGUGCACAAUUUAACCCUUGUGCCUCACUUUAAAAAAGAUGAUCUGAUGUCCUGAGGGCCAUAAAAAUAUUAUAUGUAAAUAUUUGUUUCACUUUCACAGAGUUCAUUUUUUUUUUACCAACUUCAGUCCUGAUCAUAAGUACCAAAUAUUAAUGAAUUUUCAGAAUCUUUAAAUGCCACUUUUCCCCCCUUUUUUUAAACAUACUGUCACCAUUGUUAGGGUAAAGAUUCAAAGAAUUUAAUCAUUUUCUGUAAACUAAACACUUUUUUUACAGCCUUUGGUAUGUUAAUGAUUUACAAAAAAAAAAUAAAAAAUUUUUAAGCAUUGCUUCAAACAGUGCAGUGCUCCAUAAUACAGCAGUUAUAACCCUGCUGGAAAAUAGGGAAAUGGCAUGUAUCGGCCCAUACGGCAAAAUUAUUUUUUUUCUGGUGGAAAACGGUAAAAACUACAAAUUUGAAGACAGAGCUCUGGACUGAAAGCUUGUUGUAACAGAGUGCAUGAUUUUAUGCUAUAAUGGACGUUGAAUCGAAACUGGUUUCAAUGUGGAUAUUUUUGACCUGGAGGGUCCGAGUGUUUGAAUUUUGGCUACACAGUUUAUUUUACAUAACCCUGAUGAGGCACAGUGGUUAAGUUGCACACUUGACUUUGAGUAAAUGUAAAGUAUCUAGUGUAAAGUAUUUCUAAAAACCAAAAAUCUACCUAGUAAAACCAUUUGGGAGCAUGACGUUCUGGAAACUUUAUGCUUUCCCUCAUGUGAGAGUGCCACAAAGAAUAAUGUUUUAACUUUUGUUAUAAUUAAUUCUUACUAUUUAUCGUGUUUUCCUUUACAUUAGUACAGCGCACAAUCCUACCUGGGAGCUCCACAAUACAAUUACAGGUUUUUUUUACCAGUGUUUUACGUGUUUUAACAGUGUUUAUGACUGUUUAACACCUUGCUUUACUGCACUCUGACUGUUUUUACUUUUAAUUUAAUAGUUGUAAGCUUGCACCUCAAGGCUUUCUGCCAGAACACACGAGUGAUUCAAAACAUAAAUAAGGUUUAAAAAAGACCAUCUGUCCAUUUCUCUGGGUACUAAAUGAAUUUUAAUACUUAAUAUCUUUACAAUUUAAGGAUCUAGUUUGGCAAGUUCUCAAUCAUGCAUGUAAGUUUCCUUUUUAAUCCAAAAUAAUUCAAACAGCUGUUGCACCAUUUUUGACAGGAUAUUUUGUUGUUGACUGAUGGGAUAUACUCUCCUACGAACAAAAGGUAGAAAUUAUGCAGAGGGCAGCAGUGAUU